UGGCUUGCAUUCCCAUUUCCUCUCGCAAGCGUUAGAGUGCUCACUUUUUCCCAGGCUCCCCAGUCUGGGACACAAAAACUUUCUCUACUGUUUUUGUUUCACUCUGCUCAGAAACGGUCACUUCUAUGAAGUUCUGAAGAAUUAAUGACUCAAAGACAUGACACCUCUCCAGUCCUGGGCCCUCUCCCUUCUUCUUGUUUUGCUGACACACUACACAAAUUCACUUGAAGAUAAUAAGAUUCAUAGUAUGUGUAUGGGCAGCCCAGGUAUUCCGGGUUCUCCAGGGUUACAUGGCAGGCCAGGAAAUCCAGGCAGAGAUGGCAGAGAUGGACGAGAUGCACCACUGGGAGAGAAAGGGCAAAGGGGAGAUCGUGGAGAGCCAGGUGAGCCAGGCAUCAGGGGCCUGACCGGGGACAGAGGUGAUCCAGGAGAGAAAGGCGAGAGGGGACCCCCAGGAGAGUGUGCUGUGGCUCCUAAGUCAGCAUUCAGUGCCAAGUUGUCUGAAUCCCACACCAUGCCAUUAGCAGCAGGGGAAGCAGUGCGCUUUGACAAAAUCAUCUUGAACGAACAGGGCGAUUACAACACAGAGACUGGACGCUUCACAUGCAAGGUGCCGGGUGUUUACUAUUUUGCUGUCCAUGCCACCGUGUACCGCUCUAGCCUCCAGUUUGACCUGAUGAAAAAUGGACACGCUGUGGGCUCCUAUUUCCAGAUGUUCGGCAACUGGUCCAAGCCAGCCUCACUGUCUGGAGGCACUCUGCUGCACCUGGUUCCCGGUGAUCAGGUGUGGGUGCAGAUGGCUCUGGGCGAGUAUACAGGCUUUUACUCUAGCCCGAAGACAGACAGCACCUUCACUGGCUUCCUGGUGUACUCUGAUUGGAAAAACUCUGCUGUUUUUGCUUAGAUUUAAGGUCUACUGUGUAGGUAACACAGUCAGUCUAAGAACUACAACACAGUCCCUUUAAGAAACUACAUUUCCCAUCAGCCAACUUCUGCGUUGACCUACAUCACGCCUGGGCGGGAUCACCAACGUCACAUCCUCCAGGAAGGCAUAAGUAACCUGGAAACUCCUAGCUCGCUCUCUCUCUCGUCUUGGAUGUCAAGCCAUCUGGACACAAAGAGAUACCCCGCACCAGAAAACCAGAUAAAGACGUCUUUUCUUUUCCUCAAGAAUCAGAGUUUCGCGCUUUUCUUUUACUUACCUUUGGCCAUGGUAAAAAUCCAGAAUCACGCGAUUUUUAACUCAGUCGAGUUACAACCGGUUUUAUUCAUUAUAAGUACGUACGACUGCAGCCCAAGCAGUUAAUUUAAGGUUAGAAGUGACCGGAUCCUUCUAA